AUGGCAGGAGGAGAUAAUUCUGUUGGUGUAGCGCCAUAUGAGAGGGUUUGAUUAUGGCGGACGGGCAACAGAGUGAACGGGCACCUUUGCUCCUUAAUAGCAGAGCAAACGACCCAUCGCCACAAACACCUUCGCCUUACCAAGAUAAUGUCCCAGGGAGGUCAGAAACAACAUCAUCAUCAUCUUCAUCUUCUCAACUGGUUCCUCCUCUUUCUUCUAAUGAACUUCCUCUUCCUUACACCCCAACACCCCAGGGUGGUAUACCGAUGAUCAACUGCAAGGUUUGCCAGGCAAUGAUUAAUAUAGAAGGCAAACUUCACCAACAUGUUGUCAAAUGUAGUGUUUGUCACGAAGCCACGCCAAUCAAAGCAGCUCCUCCUGGGAAGAAAUAUGUCCGGUGCCCAUGUCAUUGUCUCCUCAUCUGCAAGGGAGCUUCUCAAAGAAUUGCUUGCCCUCGGCCAGACUGCAAAAGAAUUAUCAAUCUCAGUCCUGCUCCAACAGUUAUGAUGCAUUCACCCGGAACCAGUCACAUUGAGUGUGCACAUUGUGCCAAAACAUUUUUGUUUAAUGUUCGAUCAACAUCAUUGGUACGAUGUCCACAUUGUCGGCGAGUUUCAGCAGUUGGACCUUCAUAUGUGCGGAAAAAAGCAAUUGUUUAUACAGCGUUAGGUGUAAUUCUCUUGGGAACUGCCAUAGUACUGACAGUGAUGACUUACCAGCUUGCUAUGAAAAACAAAGGAAUAUAUGCUGCCUGGGCAGUGGCGUUUAUCUUGACGGCUCUUUUCUUGCUGCGAGCUUUGUGUUUAGGUACCAUGAAAGUUAGCCAUAUCCGACGUCCUGUGUAGGAACCAACAGUCAACAGUUCUUCAGCUCUGCCACUCUCAGAUGUGUCUGCUAUCAUUUAACUUGUUUGCACAGCAACAAAUAUAUGAUAUAAAAUAUCUAUACAUACAUAUAUAUAUGUAUGUAUGUUUAACAACAACAAAAAAAAAAAACCAACUUUCAAAGAAGUCGAAGAAAAAACAAAAUAAUUGAGCUUUCAGUUUGAUGAUAAAAUUAUUGCUGACGGCGAAAAAAAAAAAACCAACAA